AUGCCAGAUGAUGACGGAUUCGCCACUCCCAUUCAAGUCAAAAUUGACCCAUUCUCCAUUGUACUAUCACCAACCAACAAUGCAAGACCACUAUCACUCGUUGACACCGAAAUCAUUCUGGGCAUUCUAGAAGAUCUAAUCACUGACUAUGCCAGAACACACUACCAUGGAGACGAACAGUACAAUGAACCAGACGACACCACAACAACAACCACAACUACAACCAGUAGAAACACACCCAAAGAAUCGGACGUACAGUUCAAGUACGCCAUUCUAGGACUCGUUUCCAUACCAACACACCCAGAAGAACAUGUCAAGUAUAGAGAGACUACAGCGCUAGAUUUCUCAGGUGGCAUUGCAUACUUUUCUACCAAAAACGCUGAAAGUGGCGGAGUCGUUGAGGUACCUUCGUCCGCUGAAAUGGAACUACUCGUUGCACUUGCACUCAGCGAAGAAAACGACCUCGUCAAGGCACUGCAAGUUAACUUCCCAUACGUGACAAAGGCAACUCUACAAUGGCAGGGAGAACUGGAACUCAUCAAUACGGAAUCCAUGAGCGAGAAUGAAAACAAUCCAAAUGAAAACGAAAAGGACAUCGAAACACAGGAAACGGCACUCAUCAUGGGCCCCAACGUCGUACCCAACAGUGCACAGCAGCAACAACAACCAGCUACCAAUACAUCAUCCUUCAAAAAUAGCACGCUACUCAUCGUUCUCGUGUGUACGGUCGGAGCCACUCUUGUGGUUGGGACGCUUGUCGUCGUGAAGAAUCGACGACAAAGUGUAGAGCUAUGGAGAAGUGGACAAGACAAGACAGCUGUCAACAACAUUGCGUUGGACAAACCAGAAGACGAUGAUUGCAACAUCCUCAGCAACGGCGUCGAAGAGGAUGACGACAGCGAAAUGGGAGCGGGCGGGGGCAACAAAACCAAGUCACAAUCACUGCAUCUACGAGAUAGCCUGAGAGACUGUUCACGACUGCUCAUGACCACAACCACGGCCGCCACGGAAGAACCCCAAGAGAGCCUCGCCACCAACAUUAUCGUUAAUAACGGAAAUCACAGCGACGAAGAACGAGGCAGCGGUACCACUAGUGGCGCCACUACACUCAAUCGCAGUGGGAGCAGAAGAGCAGCAAGGACCAUCAAUGAUACAGUCGAUCUUUCCGUAAACGUGUCCAAUUUCUCGUCGUCUUUCAUUGGAGACAUUGUCCAAGAUCAGUCCUACGCGGGCCGUCAGCGACGGGACGUCGAUUCCAGCAACCGAAGCAGCAACCAAGGAUUCGACGACGAUGACGAGGAUGCACUCACGUGCCCGUCCGAUUUCGAAGGCAACGCUUUUGUCGAACCCAACCUGAUACCCGUCGCACACAUUGAUCUCGACAGCGACUUUACGCAUGACAACGUACCCAACCCAUUGACACCGCCCAGCCAAGUCGCAUCCACACGGUCGCAGUCGCAUCAGUCCGCAUCGGCACAAAGCAGCAGCAUGUUCUCGUCAUCACUGAGUUUCCUAUAUCCACAGCCACCGCCACCACCACCGACUCGAGCCACACAGCAGGAAAGUGCCCCCCAAGACCCACACGCAGACCAAGAGCCAAACCCUCAAGAAGGAUUCGUCCUGUCACGGCUCAUGUCCGGCAAGACGGGAAGCAUACUGCCCAUGGCAAGUUGGGGUCUCUCCUACUUUGGAGGCGCUGCCCAAGAAGAGGACGAUCCCAACAUUGACAGCGAUGCGUUGGCGGCAUCUGAUACCAAGGUCAAACCGUCGCCGGCCAAGACCCAUGCCACCACCGAUGCGUCGAAAGGAUGGAGCAGCGAAGGAGAAGGUUACAAGACCGACGACGAUAACUUUACUCUCGACAAGGCGUGGGAUCCCGAUGAUAACAGUAUGAAUUCCAGUCAAAACGAAACCGACGUCUUUUCGGGAAUUGAGGAUGACGAAGUUCGUCUAUUGAAAUCCACCAUGUUACAUUCGGAUGCACGGUAA